AUGUGUCAUUUUUCCAUGAUUUCAUCUUUCUUCGAAUAUGAUCUGUAAGUUUUUUUUUGUUGAAAAUUUAUGUCUCCAUUUCAAAAUUAAUAAGCCCUCAUGAACGGUCCCUAGAAUUAGUCCUGAAAUUUUAGUUUUUCUAUUACUGUAGCAGCUGUAGUAGUUUAAAACUCAAAACUUAUCAUAUCUCUAUUAGAAAUAGGUAAAUUUUUCCAGACAAAAAUCUGGAAGAGGAGCACAUUUCCGAAUUGACAACAAACAAAAGUUUUUGAUGCGUGUUUCGGGAGAACAUAAAAGUCUUAUCAAAGUUUGUGAACCUGAUUUUGAGGAAAAUGAAUUGGACUUCAAAGCAAAUGUGAUUUAUUCAAUGAAUAAGGAUAAACGUUGCAAAAUCGCUGAAAAUUUGGAUGAAAAUUUAAAUCCAAAAAUUCUAGUUAUUGAAAGACAAUUUGAUGGUUUCUUUUGGUCUCAAUGGACACGUCGAGUACAUCGAUCUGAAGAACAUUUCAGAAGAUCAAAAAUUAAGAAUAGAAAAGAAAUUGAAGGGUUGGACAUUGAUGGAAAUUAUGAGGAUUUGAUUGUUUAUACACUUUUCUCAUCUCCAAAAUUGAACACAACACGAUAUAAAAAUGAAAGUCUACAACCAUGCAGUAAGUUUUUUUUUCAAUGUUCCAAAUAUUUUAUUUUUUGUGAAUUUUUAGGUUGUUGUUAUCUCAAACAUGAACCAGAAUAUGAGCGAUUUGAUGGCAGAAAAGCUUUGGAAAAAUUCUAUAAAGAAGAAAUUAUGGAACUUGUAGAUGAUAAUUAUGAAGAUAUUGGAAGUGAAAAGGAAAGAAAUCGGAAUCGAGAAGAAUUUUAUAAUUUAGAAGAGCAUUUGAUCAGAAAACCGGGUAAAAAUUGAUUGAUUACGAGUAGAUUUUUUUAAUAUGGGUUGAAAUAUUUUUUUUGAAAUGAGAAAUAAAUAUUUUAUUAAAAUUACGUGAAACGUGACUUUUUUGUUUGGUUUUAUUUUUGAAAUUAAGUCAUUUCUUGUUUAUUUGUUGUUGGAAAACCUGGGAUUUGUAGAAAUGUGAGUUUUCAAAAAUCUGGAUUUUAAAUAGUCCAGUUUUUCAAAAGUUACACUCCAAAUUCUUCAAAAGUUGUGUUCUACAAAAAAAUCCUGAACAAAUUUAGUUUUGUGAAAUUCUUUGGAGCACUUUUUUCAAAUUUGUAGAAACCCCUUCUCUCCCAAAAUUUAUACAAAUUUAUAAAUAACUUUUUUUUGGUCCAUUGAUAGUUUACAAUUUUGAAAUUGAUAUUACGCCAAGCUUUUUAUAAAUAUUUGAAAAUUCGUAAAUCAAACAAAUUUUUGUCGAUCGAAUUACAAUAUUUGUUUAUUAUUUGUCGAAAUUUUUAUAUUAUCAACAUUUUUCCAAAAAUUUCAAUAACUUCCAUUGUCCUCGUUUUUCCAACAAAACAAUAAUGUCCUUGUCUAACAUCUCUGCGUCUCUCACCCAUAUUCACACUAUUUUCCAAUUGGUCUCAUUCUCUAACUGUCUACUUCUCACACUCUCUAUUUUUCCCAUCUGCCAGUUGAGCUAACUCCUCAAAACGUAUAAAUUUUCCUUAUUUUUUUCAGGAACUUCAGAUUUUUUUUGAUAAUAAUAGAAUAUAUAUUGGUAAUUUGAUAGUACUGUAUGAUGUUUUUGUUGUGAAAAUAAAUAGUAUUUCGAAAAUAAACACAUAAAAUUAGGGAUAAAUGUGACCUUGAAUCCAAUUUUAUUUAUUUUUGUUUUCACGAAAAAAAUUGUUGUUUUUUUCGGCAAAAAUGAAAACAGAGUUCUCUAGAGUUGAAACAUGUGUUCAUCGAUUCGAAAAAAAACAUUUUUUCGUUUUUUAGUCAUCAAAAACUUUACGAAAAUGUUUUUCUCUCAUUUCAAAAGUUCCAAAACUUUUACAAUAAAAAUGUAACGGUCAAAAUAUACGGUGUUAAUCUGUAAGCUUAGGGCUUCUCCUACUUUCUUCUAUUCUUCAACCAAAUUUUUUAUUUGUUUGUUUUUCUCGCGCGCUUUUUGCCUCUUCUUUUUUCCCGCCAUUUCUUACUUGUUGUACUUGAAAAUUUCUGCCGCAACCGACAAACGAAACAUUAUUUUUUGAUUUAUUCAGGUUAUGACCAAAAAACGACGGAUAGGAUUUUGGAAAUUUUAAAGGUUGGUUUGAUAUUUUUUUCCAAGGUUCAGUUUUCCCAGGAAAUUAUUCCGAUUUAUAUUUUGAAAUUAAAAAAAAUUGACCAAAAUUUAAAUUUUUUCAGAACAAAGCAAAAGUAGUCAAAGAUGGUGUUGGCAGCGGUUUUGUCGAUGCUCAGAUAUGUGGCAGGUUCAGAUGAUCGAGAUUUUGUUGAUCGACUUCACUCAUAUUUCACGUGUAAUUUAUUGAUUGGUCUAGCAGUUUUGGUAUCAUUUAAACAAUUUGGUGGGAAACCUGUCGAAUGUUUGGUGCCAGAUAUAUUUAGUAGUAGUUGGGAGCAGGUUAGUUUUGUUUAUGAUCAAAAAAGUUUUCUAAAAAAAAAUUAAGAGCUAUUAUUUUUGAGAGUUCCGACUAUAGAACUUGGUUUUCCCAAGCUAAUCUUCAAGUGUCCCAUGUUCUCAUUUUGAAUUCAGUUUUUUUCCAAAAACUUUUCUUUUUACUCCCAAUUUUCUUUGCUGUAAACGAGCCAUAAUUUUUGUGAGAACUUCGAAAUAAAAAUAAUUUUCUCACCUCAAUUUCAAUCCCAAUUUUGUUCCAGUACGCCGAAAAUUAUUGUUGGGCUAGUGACACAUAUUUUGUGCCAAUCGGUGAUCCGGUUGCCGGAAUUGAUACGGAUGAAAAACGACAACGAAAAAUCAGUUAUUAUCAAUGGGUUCCGUUUUUCUUGCUUUUGGAGGCUGCUUGUUUUCGACUUCCAAGUCUUUUAUGGAAAUAUUUAGCUGGUCAUUCGGGUAUUAAAAUCAAUGAGAUUGUCAAACUCUCAUCUGAUCCUAAUAAUAUUAAACCAGAUAUUAAACGGGCUAAUAUCAAAUCACUUACUGUUCAUCUUCAGGUACUUGCAUUUUUUUAGAAUUAAAAAAAAUACUUCUGAAAUUUUCAAAUUUAGGGAGCUCUCCGAUUUCAUCGUCGCCUUCAAAAGAAACAAAUUCGACCGCAUCGCUUUUUGUGUUUUUUCAAUCUACCGUACUCUGCAUUUUUUGUAACUGCAAUGUAUUUAUGCACCAAGUUUUUAUAUCUUGGAAAUGUAUGUUUACAACUCGCAUUUAUGAAUAAGUGAGUUCAAAGAAAAAAAGGUUCGGGGAAAUUCAUAGUAGAGUUUCAGAUUUCUGGAAACUGAUAAAUAUAAAUGGUAUGGUCUUGGAGCUGUUGUUGAUUUGUUAAAUGGUACAACUUGGGAACAAUCUGGAAUGUUUCCAAGAGUUUCACUUUGUGAUUUUGAUGUGAGUUUGAUUUUAAAAGGGAAAGUUUUUUGCUGUAUCUCAUUUUUUGUUAAACUCGAACCGUUAAAAAAAAAUUAAAAUCUAAAUUCCGGGAUUGUAUUCUAACGUAAACCUUUUUUUUACCUUCUAGAAUAAUUCUUAUCCCAAUUUUUUGUCAGGUCCGUGUAAUGGGAAAUCUUCAAGAGCAUACAAUUCAAUGCGUUUUGGUUAUCAACAUUUUCAACGAAAAAAUUUUCAUUCUUUUAUGGUUUUGGUACCUAGCUCUUCUCGUUUUCACAUUUGGAUCUUUUUCAUAUUGGCUAAUCGUUAGUUUAUGGUCAAAUCUCAAUCGUCGUUUCAUAAUCAGACACUUGGAGAUGUCAGAUAUUGCAUUUGAUUCAACUGAUGAAGGAGCCGAAGAUCAAGUCAAAAAAUUUAUCGACAAUUAUUUGAAAAGCGAUGGAGUUUUUGUUAUCAGAAUGAUGACCUUGCAAUCUGGUGUUAUCUUUGGAACUGAUUUGAUACAAGAAUUGUGGAGAAAUUUCUAUGGCUCUGAGCAGCAAUUAAAACGAAGUAAUUCGUUGCCGAAAAUGGAAGGAGGAGGAGGUGCUCCAAGAAAUAUGGAUGAACAAUGGUGGCCAGCACCUCCACCAUUAGUCAAUCAAAUAACACCAUCAAGUGAGUUCCUCGGUUUAUCAAAAUAUUUAUAUAUUUUUAUACUUGAGAAGGAAGAUUCAUCCUUUUUUCAUUAGCAUAAUGCACCACCUACAUAAUCCAAGAUUAGAUAUAAGCAUUUUCAAAACAAAAUCUUUUUCCUCCUCAUAUUUUUGAUGAUUUUUUAGGAUAUCGAAACGACAAUGAGACAAACGCGUUGCGAUGGAGACGGGCUCUUGGAGCCAAUAUCGAUAAUACCAUAGCAACACAGGAUUUGAUGGAGAAAUUGCUGCCGAGAGGCGGAGUCGAUUCGAGAGGAGGCACAUUCAGUGGCCAUCAACAACACGACCAAGACGAACUGUUGUGAGUUUUUAUUUUAUAACUUGGUUAUAAUUUUUUUUUAACUUUUUGUUAAAUUCCUAGUUAAUCCGUUUUCAGAAGGUUGAGUGUUGCGGCGUUCGCGCCUGAAAUUCAUGACAAUCGAUAA